CUUUGGUGUGGUUUUGCCCGGUUGUUCUAACGUUUACUGGACAACUGUACGCAAAAAGGAACACGGCAGUUAAAUAUAUGAGUUUAACUUAGGAUUAUUUGUGUAAAAUUAAGCAGGCUUUUUACGUAUUUGUUUCUCGUCUUCGUUGCGUCCCCUUUAAAUGGUGCUGGGUGUCGGCUUCACAGCUCAAAGGGAAGCCAAAGAGUCAAACUGCGGGUAAACAGAAAGCGGGUUUGAAGAAAAGUAAGUAAACGGUACACAGAGACGGCCUCGGGACAAGCGGGUCAGCGGGGCUGGAGGGCUGGAUGCGGUCGUCAUGGUGAAGGAUGUUCCGGAAAGUCAAAAAGCGCCACAGCAGCAGCAGCUCGCAAAGCAGUGAGAUCAGCAGCAAGAGCAAGUCUGUGGACUCCAGUUUGGGAGGACUCUCCAGAUCGAGUACCGUUGCCAGCCUUGAUACAGACUCCACCAAAAGCUCAGGUAAUAACACAUCUGAGACAUGCACUGAGUUCCGGGUAAAAUAUGUGGGCGCCAUUGAGAAGCUACAGUUUGACAUGAGCAGGACCCUCCAGGAACCUCUGGACCUCAUCAACUACAUUGAUGCUGCUCAGCAAGAUGGAAAGCUGCCAUUCGUUCCUGGAGAUGAGGAGAUGGUUCUUGUAGUGUCCAAGUACGGCGUCAAAGUGGCCUCUCUGGACCACUGUAAUGUGCUGCAUCGCCACCCCCUGUACCUCAUAGUGCGUAUGCUGUGUUACGAUGACGGCCUGGGAGCAGGGAAGAACCUGCUCGCUCUGAAAACCACAGACACAAAACAAGAAGAGUGUAGCAUCUGGGUGUACCAGUGCAGCAGCUCUGAGCAGGCUCAGUCCAUCUGCAAAGUGCUGUCGGCUUCCUUUGACUGCGUCCUGACAUCAGACAAGUCCUGAGGCUCAGAGUACGAGUUGGGAUGAGAGUGAAACAUCUGGAAAAACCAGCAGUAGACAACCAGCAUCGUUAUUGGCAAAAAAUAGAAUAAAAAAAAAAAACACAUAUAUAUAUAAAAUAUGCAACCAUUUUCCCAUUUUUUUUACAACUUUGCUUUGUUGUCCUUCAGAGAAGUCAUCCAAAGGGCAGGUUUGUGGUUAUUUUUGUUAGUUUGCAGGAAUCAUUAUUCAUCCCAGUGUGAGCUAGCUUUUGUUCCCUUCCCAUAAUCCUCCAGUUAAAACAAAGCUGUGCUGAAUUUUUCUGUAUCAUUUACUUGGAAUGUGUUUCCUU